UUUUUUUCUGUAUUGUUGAGAGACAUUUCUGGACUAUCAUUCAAUAAUGAAGAUUUGGAAAUCGUACAGAAAUGACGUGUUGCUUUCUUACUUCCUCUUCUUUUGCGCAGGAAAUUUUCUGGGCACGCAGUCAGUAGAAAUUCGUCGUCUGUCAGUACCACGCUGGAUUCAAAAUGGCACUGAAGAAUCCGUCGUGUUAGACUGCGAGUAUACGUACAAUGAGAAUGACCUGCGGCUCGUGGUCAAAUGGUUCUUCGAUGAAAAUCUAGAGCCAGUCUAUCAAUGGAUUCCUGAGCUUAAUAAAAGGCACAUAUCUGGAGUCCUUCGCGAGAGGUUAGAUCUUAAUUUUACAGUAAAUACAGCCGAUAUGUAUUCGAGGUUCAGGGCAUUGCGGAUACGACGUCCAUCGAUUGAGCUGAGUGGAAAGUACACGUGCCUCGUCGCCUCUCUAGCUGGACAAGAUUCAAGAGAACAAAUCAUGACUGUAUUUGUUCCUGCAAACGAAUUUGAGCUGUCAUAUACAGAGCUAAAAGACUCUUCUGUCAAUGUUACGUGUGAAGCGCAAGGACUCUUCCCAAACCCCGUAUUGAAGUUGUACCUGGGGUCUUCAACGGGCAAUCCACAGCCAAUCACAGACGUGGUGGCUCAUUCAAAUUCAAAACCUUCCGGUGCCUACGACGCUUAUUUACAUAGGACGUUCAGUGAAACCGAAUUAUCCAAAAACGGAGCAUCUGUGUUUGAAUGCAUAUUGGAGCUUCCUGGCACCAAUUAUAUGAAAGCUAAAAGAAUUGCAUAUUAUCCUGGCAUUCAAGGUCACAGAAUUGAUGCUCCUCAUAGCCUCUCAUCAGUGUCUCUAAGAGCAACUUCGUCGUUUUUCUGCACAGCCUGUAGUUCAACAUUUGUAUACAUUCUCACACUUCUCUUAAUACGAGCUGAUGUUAAUUGUUUUUGUAAUUUUAGAAGUGGAAGUGAUUGCUAAGAAACUUAUCACGCAUUACUUGUUUGUACAUAUCAUUUAAGAUCGGUAUAUUUUGCAUAAAGUAUUUAUUUCAAUGAAUAUUUUUAUACAAUUAGAAUUAAGGUUAAAAUUAA